UUCGGCGGGACAUGUAGAAGAAGAAGAAGAUGCAGAAACGUCAGCCCGUCUCGCACGUGUUCCUCCAUUCACAUAAGCGUGCCAAACUCUCCGCGGAUACUAACAAAACGCAAAAAUAACGCUGGUUAUCACAACGCAUCCAUUGGACUUCCCCGACUGUUGUGCAUAGUUGCUUGAUCUCCUAUGCGACAAUGAAGUACAUCCUGGUCACUGGCGGCGUGAUUUCCGGCAUCGGCAAGGGUAUCAUCGCCAGCAGCGUAGGCACGCUCCUCAAGUCGUGCGGCCUUCACGUCACGGCCAUCAAAAUCGACCCAUACAUCAACAUUGACGCCGGCACUUUUUCGCCCUAUGAGCACGGCGAGGUUUUUGUCUUGGAUGAUGGCGGCGAAGUCGAUCUGGACUUGGGCAACUAUGAACGUUUCUUGGACAUCCGCCUGACUAGGGACAACAACCUGACCACAGGGAAGAUCUACCAGUCAGUCAUCAACAAGGAGAGGAGAGGCGAUUACCUGGGCAAGACCGUGCAAGUGGUGCCUCACAUCACAGAUGCGAUCCAGGAGUGGGUGAUGAAUCAGGCCAAGAUCCCCGUGGACGGUGAUGCCGUGGAGCCGCAAGUUUGUGUCAUAGAGCUGGGCGGCACGGUGGGAGACAUAGAGAGCAUGCCCUUCAUCGAGGCCUUCAGGCAGUUCCAGUUCAAGGUGAAGAGAGAGAACUUCUGCAACAUCCACGUUAGCCUCGUGCCACAGCCAAACACAACUGGAGAGCAGAAAACAAAGCCAACGCAAAACAGCGUGCGGGAGCUGCGAGGCCUCGGCUUGUCUCCUGACUUGAUAAUGUGCCGUUGCGUAACGCCUUUGGAAACAGCUGUGAAGGAGAAGAUCUCCAUGUUUUGUCACGUGGAACCCACGCAGGUGAUCUGCGUGCACGACGUGUCUUCAGUCUACCGAGUGCCUCUGCUGCUGGAGGACCAGGGCGUGGUCAGCUACUUCUGCCACAGGCUCAACCUGCCUAUCGAGAUGAGGCCCAGGAAAAUGCUCUGCAAGUGGAAGGAGAUGGCUGAUAGGUCCGACCGUCUGCUGGAGCACGUUUCCAUCGCGCUGGUGGGCAAGUACACAAAGCUGUCCGACUCGUACACAUCGGUCAUUAAGGCCCUGGAGCACUCGGCGCUCGCCAUCAGUCACAAGUUGGAGGUCAAGUACAUAGACUCGGCCGACCUGGAGCCGGCCACUUUGCAGGAGGAGCCGGUGAAAUAUCACGAGGCCUGGCAAAAACUCUGUAGCUCCAAUGGCGUGUUGGUGCCCGGUGGUUUUGGUGUGAGAGGGACCGAAGGCAAGAUAUUGGCAAUCAACUGGGCAAGAAAACAGAAUAAACCCUUCCUAGGCGUUUGUCUGGGCAUGCAGCUGGCCGUGUGCGAGUUUGCCCGUAACGUUCUGGGCUGGGAAGAUGCCAACUCCACUGAGUUCAACCCAGACUCCAAGUACCCUGUGGUGAUCGACAUGCCCGAGCACAACCCGGGCCAAAUGGGUGGCACCAUGAGGCUUGGCCAGAGAAGGACCAUCUUCAAAUCCCAAAACAGCGUGCUGAGAAAACUCUACGGCGAUGUGGACCACGUCGACGAGCGGCACAGGCACCGAUUUGAGGUCAACCCUGAGCUCAAGCACCACUUUGAGGAGAAAGGCCUUCAGUUUGUGGGCCAGGACGUGGCGGGCGAGCGCAUGGAGAUCAUUCAGUUGGAAGAGCAUUGCUAUUUCAUCGGUGUGCAGUAUCACCCCGAGUUCACCUCCAGGCCCAUCAAACCGUCGCCGCCCUACUUCGGCCUCCUGCUGGCCUCCGCCGGCAAACUCCAGAGCUACCUGGCCAAAGGCUGUCGCCUAUCUCCAAGGGACACGUACAGCGACCGCAGCGGAGGCAGCUCUCCUGACGUCGACAUCGCCGAGCUCAAGUUCCCAUCAUUGUCGUGAGGCCGGAGCCGACUCGGCGUCGACUUUGAGACAAAGUGCUGUUCGAAACGAGUUAUCGUGCUAUUGGGUAAAAUAUACUGUUGCUUAUUUAUACUCUUUGGUGAAUGUAUAAAGCUUCAAGGGACGUCCCAAAUAGUUUUUGUUGGUCAAGGGUGGGCUUAUUAUGAGCAGUAUAAAGUUUUAUGUUGGGGAUAGAAUAGCGAUGAGUUUAGCACGCUCGAUGGUGGCUUAAAUGCUUUUACACAAAUGAAUUAUUUUGCAGUGACUGAAGUUCUGCCAGUUGGUUGGCUGCCCUGCAAACUACUCCACCCACCAUGCAGUUUUAUGUACAUAUCAAUAUUUGUACACUAAUAUUGAGUAUUUAUACUUACAAGUAUUGUCAUAAUAAAGUACUUCAGGUUCAUUUUUAUUACUUAUGCCUUGAUGAAAUAAAGACCCAGCCUUAAAGCAACGCUAGAUUUGGCAGAAUAACUUGAUCCGCAGUCGUAAAGUUUUUGUGUUUGCUUGAAAUAGCAAAUUAAAUAGCAGUCUGCCUUGAGAUAAGAUUGACCCGACGUUCCAAGUUUUUCCUAGAUACAAUCUGUGUGUGUAUGCAUAUCAAUAUACAUCACGAAAGUCACGUAUAAGCUUUUCAUCUUUUCAAGUGAGAAAGUAAACAUACUCAACUGCUAUAAUGUAGUUGCCCAAGUGUGCGCACCUUCUAACAGGGAUGUAUCUGUGUCCAGAAUUAAACAAUCACAUGUCAAAUGGGAGUCAACGCUCACAACCCCAAAUAAAGGUCAGAUGUUCUAA